UGAUGCAGAGGCGAUGCCGAGCGGGUGGAGCUAGCUCUUGCCGCGCUCCCGCGUCCUCGGCAAACACACACCCAGUGAGCUGAGGCUGAGCCAGCAGCCAGGCGGGGAUAUCCUAGCACGUCGUCGCAGAGGAGACCAACACCGCUUGCCGCCAGCAUGCAGGAGUUCCAGUCCAUCCCGGGCCUGGCGGGGCGGCUGUUCGGCGGGGCCGCGGCGGCGGACCUCCGGCGCGCGCAGGCGCAGCAGGGCCCCGGGGCGCGGUGCGGCGGGGUGUCGCCGGCGUCCGCGGCGCCCGAGGCGGUCAAGUGCCCGCGGUGCGAGUCCACCAACACCAAGUUCUGCUACUACAACAACUACAACCUGUCGCAGCCGCGCCACUUCUGCAAGAGCUGCCGCCGGUACUGGACCAAGGGCGGCGUCCUCCGGAACGUCCCCGUGGGCGGCGGCUGCCGCAAGGCCAAGCGUUCGUCGUCGUCGUCGUCCACGUCCGCCUCCUCCGCGCCGUCGACCCCCACGUCGGCUGCGGACACCAAGAACCCGCGCCGCGCCUCGGCGUCCUCGCCGCGCUCCAACAGUGGCAGCCCCACGGCCGCCACGACGACGGCCCCGGCCCCAACCCCGACCACGCCGUCGUCGAACAACAUCGCCUCCCUCACGAGCCACCACGCGAACCCCUUCUCGACGGUCGACGUGGCGCCGCCGGCGCCGAUAUUCGCCGACCAGGCCGCGGCGCUGGCGUCCCUCUUCGCGCCUCCCCCGCCGCCGCCGAUCCCGGUGUUCACCUUCGCGCCGCAGCCCAAGGAGGAAUCGGCCGCCGCCUCGGCGCUGCAGCUCGCGGGGCAGGCGGCGCCACCCGAGGCGCCCUCCUCGGCCUCCGCCGACAUGGCCCCGUUCGCGUCCCUGGACGCGUCCGGGAUGUUCGACCUCGGCGACGCGCCGGCGGCGGCGUACUGGAGCGCCGGGAGCUGCUGGACGGACGUCCAGGACCCGUCCAUGUACCUACCCUAGCUUGCCGGUCUAGUUAUUACCUACCGCGAUCCCCUAGAUUAAGCCGUGGUGAAUUGCUUCCUAACGACGACGGCCAUCCACGAACUACGUCCACUACCCCAUCUCCUUGCUCCACUGCCUCUCCCCCACUGUAACUUCUUCCUCCUCCUCCUCGUCUUCCUUGAUUUGGCUGCACAGGCCGCGUGUAAGAAAGCUAACCUCUGCGUGUGUCGUGUCUUCACUUCCCGAGUGGAUCAUUGUCGCUGCAAUGGAAUUAAUCGCAAUGUUAAUUUCUUUUUUCCUCGCUC